UCACGCGGUUGGAUAUGGUUAGCAUUUAGCAAGAGAUAAGAAAAUGGCCUCUGUAUCGACUUUAAUGCGCCCCAUGAAGGAAGGAGAUGGACAUUAUAGUUACAACCGUAAUUCCUUGCUUCAGAGAGAAGGUGUGGAGAUUGCCAAAGUUUUAAUCAAAGAUGCGAUCGCUGGGAGACUUGACUUAGAACAAGUCAUUCCUUCUUCUUCUCCUUCCAGAGCUUUCACCAUUGCAGAUUUAGGAUGUUCUUGUGGACCCAAUGCAACCAUUGCAGUUCAGAAUAUCAUAGAAUGUGUAAAACACAAGCACCAAUCUUAUUCCCUUAACCAAGGAUCUCUUGAAUUCCAAGUGUUUUUCAAUGACCUUCCCUCCAAUGACUUCAACACCCUCUUCAAGUCCCUACCUCUUGAUAGCCAGUACUGGGCGAGUGGAGUACCAGGUUCUUUUCUGGGUCGCUUGUUUCCCAAGGCAUCUCUUCACUUUGUCCAUGCGUCCUAUGCACUUCACUUUGUCUCUAUCAUUCCUAAAGAAUUGGUAGAUGAGAACUCUCCAGCAUAUAAUAAAGGAAGGAUAAGUUACAAUAAAUCGCAAAAGGAAGCAGUGGAGGCAUAUUCAGCUCAGUAUAGGAGGGAUAUGGAGGCGUUUUUGAGUUCCAGGGCAGAAGAGCUUGUUGCUGGAGGGCUAAUGGCACUUUUAAUUCCAUGUCUGCCUGAUGGUGUUCCACCUGCAAAGUGUUCCUCUUUUGCAACCAUUGAUCUUCUGGAAGCAAGUCUCUUUGACAUGGCUGAAUUGGGAUUGGUAAGUGAAGCUAAAGUAGAUUCUUUCAACAUGACUAAGUACCAUCCAACUCAAUGGGAACUAGAGGCCUUGGUGAAGGAAAAUGGCUGUUUCAAUAUAGAAAGAAUUGAAGCAAUAGUUCGUCCAGGGGAUGGUCUUGAGAAAAUUUCUGAUAUCAACAUGGUGAUACUGCACUUAAGAGCAAUCUGGGAAGGACUUAUAAAACAGCACUUUGGAGAUGACAUUGUUGAUGAGCUUUUUCACAGAUGGUCCCAGAAAAUUGCAGAGUCGUCUCUCCUCUUGCGUCAGGUGGAAUACAAGCAUGUGACUGAAUUGUUCUUUCUUCUCAAGCGAAAUAUGGCUUGAUUGUAGGAUAAUAUGCAAACAUAAAUAAGAAUAAAGUUUGUUGAUUAAUAAAACUAGAUCUUAAUC